CCUCAAAAGGCGGAGGUGGCGGUGAAAACGGGCAUUACUUUUUUUUCCCGAUGAAUUUUUUUGAUUCCGCCCCGGGGUUUUCGCGUUGGACAAUUGGUACUCCAGACCAAUUCUUGUUAAUCACCCUAGAGACUUCCCGAAAAAGUCUCAUUUCUCUGGAAUUUUGUUUGCGAUCCCGUCAGCCGUCGCAGCACCACUUCAAUAUGGCUAAGAGAACUCACAAUACCGAGUCAACAGAGUUGCGGCCGUCGAAAAAGUCCAAGUCAGACGAUAAGCACUCCGGGAAGAAAGAAAAGAAGGAGAAGAAGGACAAGAAGGAAAAGAAGGCCGACAAGAAUGGAGUCGACCAAGUAACCAGCAAUACAUCCGAUGAGCAGUCUGGUUAUUCGCAGGCUUCGGCGCUCACUAAUCUGCCGCAAUCUGAGAUCGAUCAGUUCAUGGAGGAAAAGGUCGUCAAGGUCACCGAUUCGUCCACAGAGUCUGCGCCGCAACUUCGCCCGAUCAUUUCCUUCGAUUACCUCCCGCCCUGCGAUGAGAACUUGUACGCUCCAUUGAAGGCAUUCCCGGCCCCGAGCCCUAUUCAAGCCGCUACCUGGCCCCUUCUCUUCGCUGGUCGUGAUGUGAUCGGUAUUGCAGAGACUGGCAGUGGCAAGACCCUUGGCUUUGGAUUGCCCUGUCUCAAGAAGCUCUUGGACUCCAAGCGGCCCAGGAAGCCCUAUCACCCGUUUGCCGUGAUCAUCUCGCCCACCCGCGAGCUUGCGAUGCAAAUCUAUGACCAGCUCGUCAAGUUUUCCCACUUGGCCAAGGCUGACGUGACCUGCAUUUUCGGUGGUGUCGGCAAGGAUGAGCAACGAGUGGCUCUUAGGACUGCUGCGAUUGUGGUCGCAACCCCCGGUCGUCUGAAGGAUCUCCAGAAUGACGAGUCUGUCGACCUCAGCAAGGUCAAGUACCUUGUCUUGGACGAGGCCGACCGUAUGCUGGACAAGGGUUUCGAGCAGGAUAUCAAGGAUAUCAUCCAGCCCAUGCCGGUCUCCAAGAGACAAACGGUCAUGUUUACGGCCACAUGGCCUCGAUCGGUCCAAGACCUCGCUGCGACCUUUAUGAACUCUCCAGUCACAGUCACCAUUGGCGGUGACCCUUCUGCGGAUCCCCGUGCCAACCUCAGAAUCAAGCAAGAGGUUGAAGUUUUGGAUGGUCGUGAGAAGGAAAACCGACUCAUCCAAUUACUCAGUCGGUCCCAGAAGGGCCAGAACCCUGAAAAGGUCCUAGUCUUCUGUCUCUACAAAAAGGAGGCGAUGCGAAUUGAAAGAUUGAUCAAGAUGAAGGGCUUCUCGGUCGCUGGUAUUCACGGUGAUUUGAACCAGUCCGAUCGAUUCCGCAACCUCGAGGCCUUCAAGAGCGGUGCUGCUACCGUUCUCGUUGCCACCGAUGUGGCAGCCCGAGGUCUGGAUAUUCCCGCGGUGAAAUUGGUUAUCAACGUAACCUUCCCUUUGACAGUGGAGGACUACGUGCAUCGCAUUGGACGAACCGGGCGAGCUGGAGCGAAGGGUCAUGCCAUCACAUUGUUCACUGAACAAGACAAGGCACUUUCUGGCGGCCUGAUCAACGUCCUCAAGGCCGCUAAGCAGGAUGUGCCAGAGUCCUUGUUGAAGUUCGGCACUACUGUCAAGAAGAAGCAGCACGACGCAUAUGGUGCUUUCUUCAAGGACAUUGGCACCGACAAGAAGGCGACCAAGAUUACAUUCGAUGACUGAUUAUGAGACUGAGAGUGAAUUUUUGACAACUCGAUACAAUGUCUAUUCGGAUUUCGUCCUUUUCGAGCGGGAAGAUAUGAGUUGCCGCAACUUCGCCAAGUGCUCUGCCACGUAUUCCUUUUCCAUAUAGAGCCUUUUAUUUGUUAUCUUUUGAGUACCCGGUGUCAAAAAGCGAAGGCAGUUGGGUUUGACUUACACUAAAAGCCCAUAGACACCACUGAACAAAAUUGCUGGCAUGAUACCCCCACUGGGCUCCAACAUCCCCUUCUUAGCCACGAUUGUAGUUGCAAUGGCGCCGGAGAUAUAAGUAAAAGGACGCAUGCUGACUUCGCUAAUACGUAUGCCAUCUCCAUAUCGGUGCAGAUAGUUUCGAAUGAAGGUAUAGCUCCACAGAGUUCGGACUGCCAUAUUGACAAUAUUGGCCAGAACAAGUCCAUACGCACCCAUGGAGCCAACUUCCAGGAACAAGUAGGCCGCCAGGGCGUAACAGGUCGAGAACGCACCCAUCCAAACAGUUUGUUUCCCGAUCUCUCGUGAAUCAGCCGCUGAUGAAACGAACGCUUCAGUAAUUCCAUUAAACGCCAAAAAUGGAAUGUAAUAGCAAUAGAGUGACAGCAGAUCGCCCACUUUGGUCGAUGCCCACUGCCGGCCGCCCAAGAUGCGAAGCACGUGUGGAACCAUCAAAGGGCCCAACGGAAAGAUGAGAAGCGAGAGAACUUGGUAAGCGCGGAGAAUGUCGAUCAAAUGCUUCUUUGCGGCACGGACUUGAGUCUCGUUCCGUUUGCCUUUCUCGUUGGGGCUGAGAAGGGUCGAGAACAAAUUGCGACUGCUUUCUUCCAGAGGCUGGAAUAUGAUACGGGCAAUAAGGCCUCCGUAAUUUGCCGCCAAUGAGUAGAUUCCUUGAUCUUCCAAGGUAGACAGGGCGGCGAGCAUCAUGGCAUCACCUUGAGUGAGGAGAUGCUUCACCAAAGAUUGUAGGAAGACACUAGCAGCCAGCGACAUAAUUGGGAGGGGGAA